AAUAACAAAUGCUGGUAGAUGUUUGGAUGAAAAUGCUAUAAAUAUAAUGCAUCCAAAAUACACACAUUAUGAAAGUAAAACAAUUAAUUUAACAUUAUCAACAACACAUCGAAUAUCACAUCAAUUAACAACGCUGGCAUUUAAAAUAGUUUUAGAAGAAAUAUUAGGAUAUCAACAUGUACAAAUUGUUCACAUAGAUGAUAAUUUAUCAUAUAAAACUGUUGUUAAAAAAACAAAAACAGCUACUGGUCCCAAUCCACCUAAUUGGAUGAUCAAUUUAGAAGUAUGGAUACCACCAAAUGUACAAGUAACAAGCUUUUUGCAAGUGAAACAUUUAAAAGAUUAUGGUAAUAUUGGACUACCUGGUAGAUUUGGUUGGUUUAUACCCAAAAAUAAUAUUAAUAAGAACAUAGGUGAAGAUACGUUGAAUGAAAUACAUUGGACUUUAUUUGGAAAUCAAAAAGAAGUAAUAAAAUAUGAUAUCACUGACGAGCGUAUCUUACAUUUUUUAAAAGAAAACUCGCAAAAAGUAUCUAACGUAUCAUUAUGUGGUCCACAAAAAUGUAUACACGACAUGUUUACACCAAAACAAUGUAUCAAUAACAUAUCAUGUGCUUUAUUGUUAGCACCUAAAUAUGAAGAUACCUCAUUUAUUAUCGAACAUAUCAAAAUGUUAAAUUUAUACGUAAAAGUAAUGUGGUUUGAUAACGAAUUAUAUUCCAUAACACAUCGAUUAAUUAACGAAUAUAAAUAUGUGAAUAAUAAUUUAUUAAUUUUAUAUUACGUACCAAGUGAAUUAAUAUAUCCUCAACAUAAAUUCAUUAACGUUAUAUUACCAACAUGUAAUACACUUAACGAAUACAAAUCGUUAUAUAUUUACGAUAAUAAUUGUUAUAAAUAUGAGUUACAUCGUAUUGCAAAAUUAGGAUGGGCUAAUUUAGAAAAAUCCGCACCAACAGUUGAUUCAAGUUUACCAAAAUUUAUAAUACCAAUCGAUGAUUUACAUUAUUUAUUUGAACAAUAUCGAACGGAACAAAAUUUAUCGAAAAUUGCAUGUAAUUAUAUGCGUGAUGUUUAUACUCAAGAUAUACAUUCAAUAAGUCAAUUACGUACGAAAGAUACCAUCUAUAUUGGUGGAAUAUUUCCAUUUAGUGGGAAUUCAACAAGUUUAACAAAAACCGCAUAUGGUAUCAAAUAUGCUGCAGAAAUGGCGAUUAAUGCAAUUAAUAAAUUAAAUAUUGUCAAUGGUUAUGAAUUUCAAUUAAUCUCACAUAAUGGACAAUGUGAAUCGAAUCAUGUGCUUAAAGCUUUUAUUGAAAUCAUACAAUAUGUGAAUUUAUUAGGUAUAUUAGGACCAGCUUGUAGUGAAACAGUUGAACCUUUAGCGGGAAUUUCAAAUAUUUAUAAUACAUUAACCAUAUCAUAUAGUGCGGAAGGUGUUAGUUUUAAAGAUCGUCAAAAAUAUGCGCUAUUUUUCCGUACAAUUGGUGAAAAUCAACAUUAUAUUAAUGUUUAUACAAAACUAUUUGAAUAUAUGAAAUGGAAACGAAUUGUUUCACUUACGGAAGAUGGACAUAAAUAUACGGAAUAUUUAUCAUUGUUAACAUCGUUAACGGAGAAUAAAAAAUUUCCACGUAUGAUACAUGAUAUUAAUUUUGAAAAAUUAAAGAAAAUUUUAUUCGAUAUUAAAUCACAACAAUAUUUUAUUAUUAUCUUAGAUGUAAAUGAAGUUUUAGCAAGAGCGAUUAUGUGUGAAGCAUAUCAUUUAAAUAUGACAAGUUCGAAUAGUUAUGUUUGGUUUCUACCAAAUUGGUAUUCGAACGAUUGGUAUAAUACAACGUUAUAUAAUUCAACAAGUAAUUGUACCGAUUCUCAAAUGUUGUAUACGAUUAAUGGUUAUUUUACGUUAGAACAUGCAUUUUUUGAUGCAGACGAUGCUAAACCAACAAUAUUCACAAAUCGUACUAGUGUUAAAGAUUGGGUUGAAUAUUAUCAUGCACAAGUUAAACGUAAUAACAUCACAUAUUCACAUUAUGCUGGCUAUGCUUACGAUGCAGUAUGGACGUAUGCGUUAGCGAUACAACAAUUAUUAAACGAUACACCAGAUGCGAUUGGUACGUUACAUUCUGAUCAAGUUACCAAUAAAUUAAUUCAUUAUAUAAAAAACAUUGAUUUUAAUGGAAUUAGUGGACGAAUUAAAUUCGAUAGUGGAGGGUCAAGAUAUUCAAUCAUAAAAAUUAUCCAAUGGUUUAAUAAAACCGAAAAUGAAAUCGGUGAAUUUAUACCUGAUUACAACGAUAUUAAUGAAUAUAACGGGGAAUUACAUAUAAAUAAAAGUCAGAUCAAAUGGUUGAAUCCAGCGAAACAAAUACCAAACGAUGGAACACUUUUGCUUAAUAAAAAUAAAGAAAAAUGUAUUGUAGAGAAUUUUGCACGAUAUUUAAAUGUUGCGUGUAAUACUGCAUUGAUUAUAAUUAAUAUAUUAGGAUUUAGUACGUUAACAAUAUUGUUGGGUGUGAUUAUUUAUAUAUUUAAACGGAAAUAUGAACAUAAAGUUUUACAACAUCAAAAAUUAUUAUCGUUAAAGUAUGGUUUAGCAGCUGUCGAUUUAGUACAAUUGAAUACGUUGGAUAAAUGGGAAAUGUGUCGGGAAAAUGUUGUUAUUAAUCGUCAACUUGGACAUGGAGCAUUUGGUACGGUGUAUGGUGGAGAAGCAUUCUUUCAAGAUAAAGGUUGGAUGCCUGUAGCUGUUAAAACAUUAAAAAUUGGUUCAACCACUGAAGAAAAAUUAGAUUUUUUAUCCGAAGCAAAGGUUAUGAAAGAUUUGGAACAUAAGAAUAUCGUAAAAUUAUUAGGUGUUUGUACACAAAACGAACCAGUUUAUACGAUCAUGGAAUUUAUGUUAUACGGUGAUUUAAAAACCUACCUCCUAGGACGCAGACAUCUGGUGAAACAACAAAAUAAUAUGGUUCCAACGUAUGAUAACAAUGAAAUAUCAAAUAAAAAAUUAACGCUAAUGGCGUUGGAUAUUGCGUGUGCGUUAAGUUAUUUAGCCGAUAUUAAAUAUGUGCAUCGUGAUGUGGCUUGUAGGAAUUGUUUAUUAAAUUCUCACCGAAUGGUGAAGUUGGGUGAUUUCGGUAUGACUCGUCCGAUGUAUGAGAAUGAUUACUACAAAUUCAAUAGACGUGGUAUGUUACCGGUUCGAUGGAUGGCACCCGAAAGUUUAGGUUUAGGUAUAUUUACAUCAGCAUCGGAUGUAUGGUCUUAUGGGGUGUUGUUAUAUGAAAUUAUAACAUUUGGUAGUUUUCCAUUCCAAGGGAAAACUAAUACUGAAGUAUUGGAAUAUGUUAAGAAUGGCAAUACUUUAAAUAUACCUAAAGGGGUCAAACCACAAUUAGAAGCUUUAAUGAAAUCAUGUUGGAAUAUCGAUCCAAAAAGACGUCCGCAAGCAUCACAAAUCGUCGAUUUCUUAGCAAAUUCACCUCGUCUAUUAGCACCAUGUUUAGAUGUACCAUUAUCAUCUGUUGAUAUCACAUACAAUUAUAAUUCAACAAAUAUUGAUCCAAAUAAUUUACCAUCAUUACCAUUACCAGAAACAUUUCGUAAAUGUUCAGUUGAUGGAUUUUUAAUACCACCAGCUAUACCUCCACCACCGCAACAACAGCAAACAUCGCUAUCAUCAUUAUCCUCAUCAUCGUCAUCAUCCACAUUAUCAAACAUAACAAAAUCAAAUAUACAUCGUUUACGUCCAAGUCAAAAAUUAAUUAUCAAUAACGAAUUAAGGCUUAGACAACAACAACAACAAUAUUCUCCGUCAACAAUUAGCACUUCAUUGUUUGAUAUAAAUAGUGAUAAUGAUGAUGAAGAUAAUGAUGGUGAUAGUGACGAUAAUGAUAAUGAAGAUCAACAACAGAAUGAUAAUCGUUAUAACGAUAAUAAUAAUACAAAUGUUGAAUCAACAUUAUUAUUAAAUUUAUUAUCAACAAACGCAAACAAUAAUAAUUUAUGUGAUAAUGGUAAUUAUAAAAAUUCUAUUUUAUAGUAAUGGCUUAUUAAAAAUUGGAAGGAACCUUGCUCUUUCCUUAUGGGAAAUGCCUUUUAGUCAAACGAGACGGUUAAGUCAUCUGCAAACGAGGACAACAGAGGCGGAUAAAACUGGAGUCGAAAAGUAGCAGGCAUUGAAAUGAUCGGACAAUGGCCUUAUAUUUGAAGGGAGUAGUACUUCAUUUGAUGAAGUUCUAAUGACGGCCAGUAGCAUUUUUGUGUGAACAAAAAGAUUGUCAGAGAAUGUAUAGGAAGCGGUAAAUUCCGCAAAGAAGCGGAAAAUCCACUAAAACAGAGGUAGAUCGUAACGUUUCAAAAUUGCAAAAAAAAAGUAAUUUUUCAGAAACCAUAGAGAUUUUUUAUUUUAUCUUUAAACUUUGUUACUGUUGAGGUUCAAUUAUUUUGUUAACUCAAAAUUUUUUUGAAAAACCUUAAGACCUAAUAUAAAUCAGCCGCCGUAUUAGAUAUGAGAAAUUUUAAUCGAAGAUUUUUCAUAUUCGAAGAUGAAAUUUUCAUAUUAAGAUUGUGUGUGCCAUGAAAAGAUUGAUUUCUUGUUAAGAUUGUGAGUAAAAUUGUAAAAUAUUCUAUUAAAAUCGAUAUUCUGGUUAAAUCUUGCCGUAAGGCUAUUUAGACACUAUCGUGUAUCUAACGGUUAUCUAAAGUUAACGCUAUCUUUAGCGACUUUUCUUAAAAAACCUCAUAGAACGUCCGAUAAAAAAAUUUUUUUAACGUAGAUUGUCAAUCCGUUGUCGUAUCUGGUCAAAAAUUAAUAGGUUUUCCUCGUGCCUUUACUGAUAUCGAGUUAGCACGGGUCUGCGGGUUUUUCGGCUUAUUGGUUAAUCCUGUAGUUAUGUUCAUUCACUAAUCCUCAGAAAUCCACUGCAAAUUAUCUUAACGUGAGACUUACGCUAAACAUACGAUAGUGUCCGAAUAUUCUCACCCUAAAUUUAAAUAAGGUCAUAAAAUUAUAAACCUCCAGAAGUUUGACUUUAAAUGUCCAUAUGUCAAACUGCUAAUUUUUAAAUCAUUAUACCCGUAAACACUUUUGAUUUAAUCAGCAAGGAUUCUCGGAACUAAUUGCUAAGUUAUCCAAAAGUCAUUUCUCGAAAAUAUAAAUUUUUGAAAAUAGUGAAGUUAAAUCUUAUAGUAUGAAUCUUUCAAGUGCAAUCAAAGUCUAGUCAAAAGAUAAGAAACUGUGAUUGAUAGGCCAUGUUUAGUAAAUAUAAGUAAGAGAAAAUUACAUAUUAUAUCUCUCUCUAACUAUUUUCUGCGGUAGUAAAUAAUGUAUGCUUAUCAAAAUUGCGACUAAAGUAACUCUUUAUGAUUGAUAGAAGCUUGUAUUUUAACUCAGUUAGGAAAUCUUCACUAUUUAAAAAAAAUCUCGUUCUGCAGAACAACUCGGCUGAAUUAUAUUAACCAUUUACACAUUAACAUGCAAAUAAUUAACAUCAAAAUUAUUUACAAUUAUUAUAACUGACCUAUUAGAUUAACUAUUUAAUUAUAUCGGGUCAAGUGACCUAACAUUUAUUGAUUCAAACAGUUGAAAACAAAAUGGCGAUUGUUGAUUUCCAUUUUAUUUUCCGAUUUUCUUUCUUUUAUCGGUUAACUCUUCUUCCAUCGCGUGAUAAGUGCGGUACCGCAUUUAAAAGUUUUUCUAAAAUUACGGAAUAACUAUGAACGUCAGAAGCUCACAAUAAAUGUAAUACAUAUUUUAAAUAUUCUAGUUUUCAUUAAAACAAACUUCAUUCCAAUUAUUGUAUGUGGAAAUUGAAUAUUUAAUUUUAAAUAUCCUGGGACUACAAAAAUUCGGCGCUCUGCUUAUUAUACGACCAAAGUCUGGCGGUUGAUUUCGAGUACAGCGUUGUCAAGCCAACCGUACGUCCAUCUGUGUUUUAUUAUUUAAACUAUAUCUUUUUUUUUUAAUUUUCUAUAAAAUAAUUAAUAUUUUUUUAAAAAAAC